GCUAACAGGUUUUUGACACAUGUUCCGACAUUUUAAAGAGGCAAACCGUUUGGAAAAUAUUUUCGAGAUAAAUUGAUAAGAUUACAGUACCUACCUACCUAUGUAAAAGUGAUAAUUUCUUUGUUUACAAAAUGCCCAAACUAAAACCUUCAGAUGUAAUGACAUCGCCAAUGAAGUUAAGAAAACGAAAAACGCCCAAAGCUCGAUGUGAUUGUAAAGAAAACCAUAACAACACAGACGAAAACCAUGUCAUUAAAAAUAAAAGGAUUAAAAAAAACACAACUGUUAACUACAAAAUAAUAACCAAAGAAACCAAGAAAACUGUGAUAAAAUCAGAAAAACCAUUAAAGAAAACAAAUGAAAACAAAAAAGAUACAUUAAAUUACGAUAAAACUGUGAUAAUGAAUCCUAAAUUAACGAACACAGAAAAAAAAACAAAAAAGAGCAAGAAACUAGUGAGAACAGAAUCAUCAAAUAGCACUGCAAGCACAGAUAGUUUGAUGUCAUUUAAUAUUAAACCCAAAACACAGAAAAAUAAAAUGAAUUUAAAUACAAGUGGUUCUUUUGAGAAAUAUGGUGUUUUAAUGCCUUCUAUGAAAGAUGUUCUUAGUGACCAAAAAGAACUUGAAAAGUUAAAGAGGCAAGUAAAUGAGCUUAAAGAAAUUGAAGAUGUGUCUCUUGAUCUUACAUUUUCAAUAAAAGACAUUUGUAAGGAAAAUAAAAUAGAGACAUUAAGCUGUAAGCUUUUAACUACAGACAAAUUAACAGAUUUAUUUUAUGAAAAUAAAUCCUACUUACAGGAUAUACUUAAUGGAAAGCAAUACUCAGAAAGACAUGAACGAUUCUAUAACUACAACCCAACUUAUGAUUUGACUACAAUGGAUUUAAAUUACAAUACAAGUAUGAUUGUGUUCACUUAUGAUCAAAUUGAACUUCUGACAGAUUUGUUGACAGAAAAUUUUGAUAGAGAAGAAAAGUUAACAUCAUACUUUUUCAAAGUUUUGUUACCAGAAUUCUGCAUCAAAAUUUUCAUGGAUGUUCAUGACAUGACCUAUGAAGAAGCCCUCAUGUACCUGGAAACUAGACCAAUAGAAGAUUAAUUUAUUAUUUUGUUUAAGAUUUUUAUUUUCUAAUAAAGUAGGUACAUACCUAUUGUAUAAAUUUUGUUUUGUUACCUUUGUUAUAAACCAUUGUUCUGCAAACUGUAUUUUUUAUUAUAAAAGCCUUAACUUUUUC